AUGGCUAAAUGUAGAACCAUUGGCCCAAUUGAUGGAGAAGAUGUGCGACGAAUAACGAACUUGAUGGUUGAAACGGGCCUCAUAACUAGCUCAAUCCUAGCAGGGCAAAAUAGGAGAAAACUGUCAAAUAAAAUCAGAGAUCUCUCAACAGCAAAGAAGCUUUUGAUCGAAGUAACUCUCGCUUUGCAUCGAAAUGAGAAUGUGAAACAUGCCGACUAUAUUUCAUUGUACAAGCAACUAAUCGCCCCUAAACUGAAGAUCAUGAAUGCAAAAGCAAUAAAAGAUAAAUUAUAUUUGUUGUAA